AUGAAGCUCUUGGUUUUAGCAUUGGUUGCUGCUGCGUCUGCUGCCCCUCAGGGGUACAACUUGGGUACGCCCUCUGGCCCUUCCUUUAACUCUGGCAGUUGUGGCAGUGGGCAAGUGCGGCACGUGGACGGGAGGUGCGUGACACCUCAAGUGAACAGCCGUGUGUUCCUGUACGAUGUGCCAGCAAACGAAGGUGUUGUCAAUCGGCCAAGCUACAUUCCGGAACCUAAAUUGGAACGUAAUAUCAUUUUUGUGAGACUUCCUGACGGCGCAGAUGGACCAGAACCCAUCGUCGUACCACCGCCACAACAGCAACACGUCGUGUACGUCCUGAACAAGCAGUCUGAACAGGACCAGCGAGUGAUCGAGGUUCCAGCGCCGCCGCCAUCCAACCCCGAAGUGUUCUUCGUGAACUACGCAGAAGGAGAGAACCCGACUCUUCCCAUCGGAGUCGACCUCCAGACGGCGCUGAGUUCAGCUUCCCAGGGCGGCGGCCAAGUUGUUGGAGGCGGCAUUGGAGGUGGAAUUGGAGGUGGUAUCGGUGGCGGUAUUGGCGGUGGCAUCGGUGGUGGCAUCGGAGGUGGCAUCGGAGGUGGCAUCGGAGGUGGCAUCGGAGGAGGCAUCGGAGGUGGCAUCGGAGGAGGCAUCGGAGGUGGCAUCGGAGGAGGCAUCGGAGGUGGCAUCGGAGGAGGCAUCGGAGGUGGCAUCGGAGGAGGCAUCGGAGGUGGCAUCGGAGGUGGCAUCGGAGGUGGCAUUGGAGGAAGCUACUCACCUCCUUCUAACCUCUACAGCACACCUUAAAGAGUCCACUCUAAAUACGAUACUGCAAUCGUGGAUGAAUGUGAAAUAUAAAUAUUUAUUUGUGUAAAACGAAAAUAAAACUUGUAACAGCC